GCAGCCCCGCUGAGCCCGCCCGCCGGGCCGGCCAUGGGCGACCGCGAGCGCAACAAGAAGCGGCUGCUGGAGCUGCUGCGGGCGGCGGGCACCGGCAACGCGCACUGCGCCGACUGCGGGGCCGCGGAUCCCGACUGGGCCUCUUACAAGCUGGGCAUCUUCGUCUGCCUGCACUGCUCCGGCGUCCACCGAAACUUCCCAGACAUCAGCAGAGUCAAGUCCGUGAGACUGGACUUCUGGGACGACAGCCUCGUGGAGGUUGCUGUUGUUUUGCAGUUUAUGACCCACAACGGGAACCUCCGUGCGAAGGCCAAGUAUGAAGCCAGAGUCCCUGCUUUCUAUUACAUCCCUCAGGCCAGCGACUGCCUGGUCUUAAAGGAACAGUGGAUUCGAGCUAAGUAUGAGAGACAGGAAUUUAUGGCUGAUGGGAAAACCAUCUCACUCUCAGGUAACCGGGAAGGGUUCCUGUGGAAGCGGGGAAGGGACAACGCGCAGUUCCUGAGAAGGAGAUUUGUCCUGUUGGCAAGAGAAGGCCUUCUGAAGUACUACACUAAGGAACAGGGUAAAAGCCCCAAAGCUGUCAUCCACCUCAAGGACUUGAAUGCCACCUUCCAGACGGAGAAGAUAGGGAAACCCCACGGGCUGCAGAUCACCUAUCGGAGAGAGGGCCACAUCAGGAACCUGUUUGUGUAUCAUGAAAGCGGCAAGGAGAUAGUGGACUGGUUCAACUCCCUCCGCGCAGCCCGUCUGCAGUACCUAAAGGCGGCCCUUCCUGAGCUCCCCGAGUCUGAGCUCGUGCCCCUCAUCACCAGGAACUACCUCAAACAAGGCUUCAUGGAAAAGACUGGCCCAAAGCAGAGAGAACCUUUCAAGAAAAGGUGGUUUGCCCUGGACGCCCAGGAGCGGAGGCUGCUCUAUUACAAGAACCCACUGGACGCCUUUGACCUGGGCCAGGUGUUUCUCGGGAGCCGGGAGCAGGGGUACGAGGUGUCCGAAGGCCUGCCCAAGGACGUCCAAGGAAACCGCUGGAAAGCGGGCCUCACCAUCGUCACCCCAGAGCGCAGAUUCCUCUUCACCUGCCCCAGCGAGAAGGAGCAGGGCGAGUGGCUGGAGAGUUUCCGGGACGUGCUCUCCCGUCCCUUGACAUCCUUCAACCUCCUCACUGUAUCAACAGAGAGUGGCCACAGCAGCAGGUGACCCGCUGGCCAAGGAACUGUCUGGCCACAGGCCAUGGGAGCUGUUGGUGGGAAGGAGACGUUCUCAGCUCGGCCUCGGUUACCCAGCAGGAGUGCCCCGUAGUUGGCAGCCAUCACUGGCAGUGAACUCUGCCAAGACUACAGCUUUGGCCUUUACCCACCAGCUCCCUGGGCCUCACCACUGCCCAGUCUUAAGGCCCAGGACAUCUCCAGUGAAGGCACUGCAAUGGGAGGGCACCCACAGCAUCACUCAAGUGGCAUGCUUGCCCCCAAACAGUUUAAUCUGACUCAACCAUGAGGAAAUAGACAAGUCUAUUCUGUAAAACAGCUGGCCUGGACUCCUCAAUGUCAACAUCGUGACAGACAAGGUAGUGUGCAAACUGUUCUAGUUACAGGCGACUAGAGAGCAACGCCAGGCAAUGUAUGAUUCUUGAUUGGAUCCUUGGAUUUUUUAAAAAAACAGCAUAAAGGACAUAAAUUUGAAUAUGGAUGUGUAUUAGCCAACAGUAUUAUGAGACUGUGAUAAUGAUGUUGUAUUUGCAUAGGAGAAUGCUCUUGUUCUUAGGGGAUAUGCAUUGAAGUGGCCAGGAGUAAAAUAUAACAA